AUGUCUCCGAUGAGAUCGGUUCAAGUGUUCAAGCGCCGCAGCGUUGUUCUUUUCAGAAGAACAAAAACACAUCGUGGUCGGCGUAUAUUGGAGGAACGAAGUCCGAAGCUGGUGGAGAACGAUAAGAAUGCUCUGAUUGUUCGAGGCGGAAAAACCAAUGAAAUUGUCACGAAUACACUGGCCGAGUUGUUUGCACUCAAGAAACCGUUGGCAAAGCAAAUGAAACGACGUAAUCCAUUCCAUCCAUUCGAAGAUGAUACACCAAUUGAGAAGUUUUCAUCGAAAUUCGAUUCGUCAUUGUUUGUGUUCGGUUCAAACUCAAAGAAACACCCAAACAGUAUUCUAUUCGGUCGAAUGUACGAUUAUCAUGUACUGGAUAUGGCCGAAUUGAGGGUUGAGAAUUUAGUGCGAGGCAGUGAAUUUAAGACAGCGAAAGCGAUGUUUGGAACAAAACCGUGUCUGAUAUUGCAAGGAACCGAGUUCGAAACCGAUGAGAAAAUGAAGCGAAUUGGAAAUCUAUUAGUGGAUUGGUUCAGGGGACCGACAGUGGAGAAGAUUCGCUUGCAGGGUCUUGAGAUGGUCAUUUCGAUUACAGUCGUCAAGGAGAAAUUAUUAUUAAGAACAUAUCGAGUAUGCCUCAAGAAGUCGGCAACUCUUUUGCCACGAAUUGAAUUGAUUGAAAUGGGACCACGGAUUGAUUUUUCGGUGCAACGAACAAAACUGGCAAGUGAUGAUCUGUUCAAGACUGCGUUGAAACAACCGAAACAGUUACAGGUCAUUAGUUAUUCUUAUUUUAAUAUUUUUUGA